AUGAAGGAAAUUGGUGAGGAAAAUUCAAAUUAUUCCAUGGAUCAUACAAUUAAAUGGAAGUCACCGCGAAGAAGUUUUCAAUAUUAUAUUGUAAAGGAGGGUAUCUAUCCACCUAAGUCUUACCUUGCUUAUACCAGAAUGCCAGGUCACUAUCCAAUUCCCGAUAAUUAUGUUGUAGAAACAACCUACGGGAAGAAUGAAAAAACAGUUACUUGUUUUAUUAAUUACCAUGAUAAAAAACCUCAAUAUAAAAUAAAAUUCGGCUUACAUGAAAAUGAAUAUAUAUGUUCAAAUCUUUCACCAACGGCUGCAGCGAAUGCCUAUUUAAAAGCAUAUCAUGAGAAAGUUAUGAGGGAGGAAAAAGCCAAGGAUCCAAAUUUACAGCAACGAUUACCAGAUAGCAGAAUGAAUGGCAUUUAUUUAUUUGGAUUACAGUUAAUACAAAUUAAACUAGUACGGGAAAAUUCUAUGAAAAAACAUAAAAAUGUUAUUAAACCAUUUGGUGAUAUAACAAGACAAAUGCAAUUUACACGAAAUAAAAACUUCAGUAUGAAUAUCUUACCUGGUAUUGAAAGUCAAAUAAAGCAAUAUUUUGCUGCAGAGGAUAAGGUUACGAUUAAUGAACUAGUUUUUACAGUAAAUAAAUCGAAGGUUCGAAUAAUGUAUCAGCCUAAAGAAGAUGAAGUUAAUCAGCAAAUGGCUAUAAUACAAGCUAUGGAUUAUAAUCGAAUAUCAAGAUCAUCGUAUAGAGCUCUAGCAGCUAUAUGUCAAGAUUUACCACGUGAAUGGAUCAUUUUUGAAAGAUUAAACCAAAUUAAUCAAAUUAUGAGUAUGAAUAUUCUGAUUCAUUUAGUUGAAUUACAACAAUUUAAAGAGAAAUUAAAUACUAGUCUUGAAAUACAUAUUAUGGACCCUGAUAUUAUUAAUGGAGUUGAAAGCACAAUAGGAAAGGGAGCAAGACGUUCAAUUAAAGAUAUUUUAAGGUUUCUUAUACCAUCUAUGAUUAAUAAAGGUAUACUUAACUAUUCAGAACAAACAUUGCAUAUCCGUAUUUCUGGGGAUGGUAGAAAUGUCGGACAAAAGGUUAAACAUGUAAUGGUAACAUUUACAGUUUUAAAUAAAAUGAAUAUUUUUAAGUCAAAUUCUCACUUUGCAUUGCUAAUUUACUCUGGAGUAGAAAAUUAUAAUACAUUAAAUGUUGCAUUAGCCCCGUUGAUAGCAGAAUUAUAUAAUCUUAAAACAGGAUUUAUCGAUGAAAAUGGAUAUAAAUGGAAAAUUAAACUUUAUAUUUCUGCAGACUGGAAGUUUCUCAGUAUUUGUUUGGGAUAUAAAUUGGCAAAUAGUGCAAAUUUUUGCCUUUGGUGUUCGAUUGAUAAGUCUCAAAAUGGUAUUUUAGAAAUAAAUAAUCAGCGACAAGAUAAUUGGGUUAUUAGCAAAAAUAUGGAAGAAAUUAAGCAAUACUAUCAAUCAAUACCAGGACACAAACACCCUCCAUUAUUUCUGAUGAUUCCUAUUUGUAACUGGAUCGUAGAUGAACUUCAUCUAAUGUUGUGA